AUAAACGGUGGAUUGUCAUUCGCAGUCGGAUCGUCAUCGUGAGACGAGCUUCCACACCCAUCUGCGGAACGACGUGAAGUAUUGCAUCUACGUCCGUGAAAAACUACGUGUCGAGCCCAAAUCAAACCGUGCGAAAUGGCCGAAAACCGAGCACCGAAAAGCGGUUUGGCCGCAGAGGCUCAGAAAAAGCUCCUAUCGAAAUACGACAACCAACUUGCGUCGGAGGUCAUGGAGUGGGUCCGCCGGACGACUGGGGGCGAUUUCUCGGCUAGUGGUGAGAUCGACAACGUCCACGAGGUCCUGAAGGAUGGGGUGGUCUUGUGCAAGUUGAUGAAUGUUAUCAAACCAGGAGCCAUCCCCGAAAAGAAGAUCAGCAGCUCGAAAAUGGCUUUCAAAUGUAUGGAAAAUAUCGGAUUCUUCCUCCAAGAAGCUAAAGAUAUGGGUGUGCUCGCAGAAGAAACGUUCCAGACCGUGGAUCUUUGGGAGAAACAGAACAUUCUAGCCGUCGUCAUCUGCUUGCAAGCCGUGGCCAGGAAGGCUUCGAAGUACGGCAUCGAGGGAAUCGGUCCCAAGGAGUCGGAAGGAAACCGGAGGAACUUCUCUGAAGAAGUGCUCAAGGCCGGCCAGAACGUCAUCGGACUUCAAUAUGGCUCGAACAAAGGAGCCUCGCAGUCCGGCAUGAAUUUCGGAAACACGCGACACAUGUGAAUCAUCUCAGCGGUUGGGAGCGGCGCUGGCUACACUCGUAGCGGAGGGAUUUCGCGGAGAUAUGAGCGGGAAACAUUUCCGCCUGCAAGGAAUGAAUUUUCGCGGUGCUUGCUCUGACUAGCGGGGCAACCGCUGCUCGGCGAUGAACUGUUAUGCCAAACAUGUGCUUGAAAAAAACAGCUCAUCGAUUCUUUGAUCGCAUGGGGCACAUGGAAAUGAAAAUCUUCUGCGUGCUACCGGCAACGUGAUAGCUCGAAAAUGUUUUGAGUGCUCCCUUGAUGAGAGUCGCUGGGGAGAUGGCGUAUUCACAACUUUUUCCGUGGUGAUAUACUGAUUGAACCUCGUCUGUUCCUUGAACAAUUGUAUCUAUAAAUAAUAUAUACGCAGAUAAUUUAUCU